AUGGGCUACUUCGCGGCGCACGCGCGCUGCGUCGCCGUCAAGGUCCACUACCCCGGCGUCAUCCACGGCGUGAUCGGCCAGGACCUCGGCGCGCUCACCGCGGAGAAGCGGUACGCCGCCCUCAAGGCGAACGUGGACGCCCUCAAGCCGCUCCAGGUCGGGCUCGCCGUCGCCACCGACGACGGGCGGUUCGCCGCGUGGGAGUUCAACCUGUCCGACUUCGACCCGGCCGCCGACCCCCACGCCGUCCAGUCGCUCCUGCACCUCGGCCGGCGCGGCCUCGACUGCCUCGAGCACCGCCGGCGCGGCGUCCCCGUGGAGGAGCUCACCAGGGCGCUCCGCCGCAGCAGGCUGCUGAGCGGCCGGCCGGGGGUGUCGGUGGUCACGCACACCGGCGCCUACCACCUCGCGUACCUGAUGAAGGUCCUCAGCGGCGGCGACCCGCUUCCCGGCGACAUGGCCGGGUUCCUCGGCGCGGUGCGGCGGUCUCUUGGCGAGGACGUCUACGAUGUCGCGAGGAUGGCCGCCGACUGCCGAGACAUGCCAGGGGGGCUCGAGCACAUCGCCGGCAGGCUCAGGCUCGCGCCGCCGCUGGCGUUGCACCCGCUCGCGGGCGCCGGCAGCGUGCUCGCUCUAGAAGCGUUUAUUAUUCUACGAGAUCACCAGUUUCGAGGGGACGUGACCAGAUACAGAGGUGUCCUGCAUGGACUGCAGACUGUCUGA